AUGUACCUCUGGAAGAAGGGGUCGCCAGCCAGGCGUCCCUCGAAGCCGGAUGCCGGUGCCGCGCUGCUCAUGGCGCGCGCCGGGCGCAAAACCCCCUCGUCUGCCCGCACAGCCGCAGCGAGGCCGGAGAGCUGGUCGUCCUUGACCCCCUACGGCUUCGUCAAGCGUGAGGUGCCAGUGGCGGGUGUCGGCGCUGCGAUCGGCGCGUCGAUACUCGCUGCUGGGCAAAUCGAGGCCCCAGGAGGUCUCCUACGCUGGGAACAUGCCCGGACGGGACACCCAGCCUCGACCGCCACGUCGUCAAGCUCGGCACAGCCGACGGUGCGCUCUUCACCGUCUGGCUCGACUACCGCCAGCAAGACGAUCGACGCGGUCGACGGAGCCUCCUCCCCCCUCCCUCCCCAGCAAGUCCCGGUCACGGUCGCCGGCAAGCUCAUCUCGGCUCCUCGGCCCCUGGUUCCACAGGCGUCGAGGACCGUGUGGGUUCUACCCCCCGGCUGUCUCCCGGACUCGCGUGAGUUCCCCGACGUGGCAGGCAUGCCGUCCCUCCCCCUGUUCGCCGGGGUGGGGACCUCGCAGCAGCUGCCCGUCGGAAACCUGGCGACGCCCGCCACCGCCGCGAACAUCGGCGGAGGCGCCACGAGCGCGCCAGCGAACUCGGCCCCCAGCUCGGCGGCAACGCCCAUCGUCCAGCCCGUUGCUGCCCAUGGCAACGUGGUUUCGACUCCGCCGAGCGCCCCUUCGACGACGCCGCCACAGGCCCAGCCCGCUACCGCUCAGGGUAACGAGGUUGGCACGCCGUCGACCCCCAACUCCGCGACACCGCCCAUCGCCGAGGCCCCUGCCGCUCAGGGCAGUACCUCUGGCACGUCGUCGCGGGGUCAGCGCUCCGCCCCCACGCCUACCACCGGGUCGAGCGCCAACGGCGGUUGGGGAGGCUGGCAGAACCUUGCCCCUCCCCCGUCGCUCGCCAAGCUGGUCGACAAGCCCGGUCGGGGACGCAAGCCCCGAACCACCCGCCCGGGCCCGUCGCCACUCAGCUCUUCCUUCGUGGCGGAACCCGAGUUCCCCGAGCUGGGACUCGCGGACGCUCCGUCGGUGAGCUCGUCGAAGGUGGUGGCGCUCUGGUCGCCGCCUCCGACACCCCCGGCCAAGGGGACCGACAGCACUGGGCCGUCCAGGCGUGCCAUCGGUCCCACAAGGCCACCCUCGGUGGUGCUGGCCUCGGGACGGUCGAUUUCUCGGCCCAUCCCAAGGCCCGGUACGGUCUUUGAGGCCGGAUCGGGCGUUAGCCCAAUGCGCCUCGCACCCCGCCCGCCGACCGCCACGACCCCAUCCGGUCGUCGGGAGCUGAUCCUCCCUGCCGGGCUUUCGCCCCAGGGUCGCGCAGCACCCCCUGCCCCUACGCCUACCCCCGGGCAGGGUGUCGUCGCCAAGGUCACCGCUGUCUGGCGCGGGUUCUUCCCGAGCCGUGACCGCGGCGACGACAGCAAGUAG